AAAAGAUAUGGCUACCGCCCAGGGACAGGAUAUCAUUUGCUGUCAGUUGUGUCCAAACCCUGUAGAACAUCACUGCAAUCUUUGCCACGUGGACCUCUGUCCUUCCUGCAUAGCAAAACACAUGGCUGACAAAUCAAGCGAACAUGAAGUCGUUGGGUACACUUCUAGGAAAAAACACUCUUUUGUUCUACCACUUUGUCCCUCACACAAGAAUAACCGAUGCGAGACAUACUGUCAAGAUUGUGAUAUACCAAUUUGUAUUCAGUGUGUAAUUGGUUUGCACAAAAAACAUGAAUUUACUGACAUCAGUGAUAUUUUACAAGAAUAUAAAAGGCAAAUUAAUUCUGACGCAGAAGAACUUGAAAGUAUAAUUCUUCCAAGAUACAGAAACAUAGACCUUGGUACAACAACUGCUGACUUUGACAAAGUUCUCUCCGCCAUUAAAGAACAAGAAGAUAAAAUUUCCAAAGCUGUACUUAAAAAAAGCACUCAGCUCACAGAAGAAGUAAGCAGUCAAAAGAAAGAAGCUAUAAGACAGAACAAAAAAGGCCAAUCUUUAGCAGAAAAAGCUGAAAAAGAAGGCAAUCAAAUUGUUAAAAAAAACAAAGAUAUUCUUCGAUGUUAUGAUGCCACAACCAUAUUAAACUAUCAAUCAAGAAAUGUGGAUUUCCGAAAAGGCCCAGGAUUACCAAGUUUUUCUUGUCCAAAGUUACUCCCUGGUGUUAUUAAAGAAAACCAAAUUGCAGAAAUGUUUGGUUUUCUUCAAACAAAUAAUGAAGUGCAGAAAAAGCCUGGAAUGCUGAAAAUGAUGGAUGAACCUGUGGUGCUAUACACCAUACAAAGUCCUUAUGGACACCAUGUUAAGAGUUAUGAGGGAAUUGUUACUGAGCAUCACCUGUGGAGAGUGCAGUGUGUGGGGAUGGAUAUGAUCUUGACCAGUGGAGAAGACGCAACAAUCAAAGAAAUAGACAGGACAGGAUCCAUUAUUAGAACGAUUCGUACAAAUUCUCAGAUCAGAGCAUUAUCAAUUAAUUUUCAACAGGAAGCGGUGUUUGCUUCAGCUGGUACAAAUGAUACAGAAAUAUACAGUUUUACUACCGGUAAAUAUGAAGUUAAAGUUUUGUUAAAAACUCCUGACUGGUAUUCUGUUGGACUACACUAUACAGCAAAUGGAGAUCUACUGGUGAGCAUGCGAUCUACGGAUAUGACACAAAGUAAAGUGGUGAGAUAUUCGGGUACCACAGAGAUUCAGAAGAUUCAGUUCAACAGUCAAGGACAACCUCUGUUUUCUACUGGUGAUCAGAGUGUGCUUCACCUGACAGAGAAUGGUAAUGGUGACAUCUGUGUUGCUGACAAUGCUAGGGGUGCAGUUGUUGUGGUGGAUUCUUCUGGGGGAUUACGAUUCAUGUAUACAGGCAACCUCUCAAAACAACCAAAGUACGGAGAUUUUGAACCAUUCCACAUUGCUACAGAUGUCAAUAUUCAAAUACUGAUUAGUGAUGAAUCAAACAGCAUUGUCCAUAUUAUAGACUGUGAUGGUAACUUUAUCUGCUAUAUAGAACAUCCCUGUAAUGGAGGACUCAGUAUCGAUUCUGAUCACAAUCUUGUCAUUGGAGAAGAAGAUACAGGAAUCAUUCAGAUUAUCAAAUAUCUAGAGUGA